AUGGUCGAUCCAAGCGAGUAUACCGUCGGCUGGAUCUGCGCGAUCACUGCCGAAUACGUCGCUGCUCAGGCAUUUCUUGACGAAAAGCACGAAAAUCCAGCAUAUUUAUCCCCACAAAAUAAAAAUGACUACAUAUUAGGCCGAAUUGCGGACCAUAACGUGGUCAUUGCUGUACUACCAAUCGGCGAAUAUGGCACCUCCUCAGCAGCGCGCGUGGCAGAAACCAUGCUGCACAGCUUUCCGAACGUCCGAAUUGGCCUGAUGGUCGGCAUCGGCGGCGGUGCGCCAAGUACAGACCAUGAUAUUCGACUUGGGGAUGUCGUCGUUAGUACCCCCUCGAAUAGCCAUGGGGGUGUAUUUCAGUAUGACUAUGGCAAGACCAUCCAAGGUGAAACAUUUUGCCCGACAGGCUACCUAGACCAGCCGCCCGCAGUUUUGCGCGCAGCUGUCAAUGGGCUUCAGGCGCGAUAUGAGAUCGAAGGUCAUUAUUUAGCAGAUAAUAUUGAUCACGUCCUGGAAAGAAACCCAAGAUUGCGAAGGAAAUACGGACAACCGGGUCCAGCCAGUGAUCGGCUGUACCAAAGUCAUAUUGUUCAUCCUCUAAACAACAAAUCUAAUUGUACCGUAAGUUGCGGGGAUGAUCCCUCUACCCUCGUGCUGCGAAACCCCCGUACAGAAGAAGAAGACAACCCGAUGGUUCAUUAUGGGCUGGUCGCUUCCGCGAAUCAGUUAAUGAAAGAUGCCUGCAUUAGGGAUAAGCUGAUCAUGGAGAAGGAUAUUCUAUGUUUUGAAAUGGAGGCGGCCGGGCUGAUGAAUCACUUCCCCUGCCUAGUCAUUCGUGGUAUUUGUGACUAUUCGGACUCCCAUAAAAAUAAGGCAUGGCAAGGGUAUGCGGCAAUGGCAGCGGCUGCUUACACGAAAGACCUAUUGUGUCGGAUCUCUCCUCAACAUGUGCAGGCAGAGAAGAAGAUCAUAGAGAUUCUCUCCACUGUGAGAACGAUUAAUGAGACAACCCAAGAUAUCGAUCGUGGGGUCAAAAGGUUACGCCAGCUCGGUGAUGACCGAGAAUACCAAGCUGUUAUUGAUUGGCUUACACCAGUAAAUUAUGCUCUCCAACAGAACGAUUUCAUUGCCCGGCGGCAGGAAGGAACUGGGGAGUGGUUUCUGAAUUCAACUGAAUUCAAGCAAUGGCUUAGCCAAAGCAAACAGAGCCUAUUCUGUCCCGGUAUGCCCGGAGCAGGUAAAACCAUGAUCACCGCAACUACCAUCGAUCAUCUUUACCGUGAAUACCGGAAUAAGCCUAUGACUAGCAUCACCUAUAUCUAUUGCAAUUUCCGACAGCAGCACGAACAGCGGUACACCGACCUUCUUUUAAGCCUGUUGAAGCAGCUUGUCCAAGGACAGCCUUUUAUUCCCAAUGUAGUCAGAAUACUUUACGAUGAAUGCAAGCGAAGAGAAAGUCGACCGACUCACGAAGGAAUUCUAAGCACCCUGUACAGUGUCGCUGGCUCUUACUCGAGAAUUUUCAUCGUCAUCGACGCACUGGACGAAUGUCAGGUCUCCAAUGAAGAUCGGGCAAGAUUUCUCCACCUAAUAUUCGGUAUACAGGAAAGGACCAAGGCGAACAUCCUUGUAACUUCGCGUUUUGUCCAUGAGAUUGAAAAAAGAUUUGAGAAAAGCAUCAGGCUGGAGAUCCGGGCUAGCGACAUAGACGUGCAGCGAUAUCUUGAACGGCGGUUGCAGAGUUUUCCGUCCUUCGUUUUACAUAACCCUACUCUGCAAGCAGAGAUUAAGACCAAACUUGCUCGGGCAGUUGAUGGAAUGUUUCUUCUCGCAAAGCUUUAUGUUGACUCAUUGGUCUAUAAAACAACACCUAAGGCCAUAAGGGGUGUGCUUGCAGAGCUUGAGGCUACAUCCGCGGAAAGUUUAAAGAACGGCCAGAAGCCCAAGGUUCUGGACUAUGCAUAUAAUCAAGCCAUGGAGCGAAUUCGCGGCCAAGCGCCAGAGCACCAGGAGCUUGCCAAUCGAGUCUUAUCAUGGAUUACCUGUGCUACAAGGAGCCUUAGAUUAUCAGAGCUACAGCAAGGACUUGGUAUUGAAUUCAACGCGCCAGAGCUUGAUAAAGAUAAUAUGCCAGAUAUUGGACAGGCUGUCUCAGUAUGUGCGGGCUUGGUGAUAGUAGACGAAAAGAGUGACGCAGUCCGGCUUGUCCAUUAUACAACGCAAGAGUAUUUUGAACGCACCUACAAGGAUUGGCUUCUUCAAGGGCACACUGACUUGACAAGAGCUUGCCUCACCUACUUAUCAUUCAAAAUUUUCGAUGGUGACCACUUGUUAACAUCAAUGAACCUCAUCAUGAGAGCGUGGUCAAAUCCUUUGUAUCGCUAUGCUGCAUUGAGUUGGGGAUACCAUGCCAGAAAGGCUUGCAUGGAAGAGGAUAAGUGUGUCUUAGACUUCAUCCAUAACACUGCCAAACUGUCCGUCUGCGGUCAAUUUAUCCUACAUAGCCAGCUUGGCAUUAGCCUUGGGAAUCCAGAUAUGGAAAGCAUGCACCUUACAGCGUGUCUAGGGCUCUCUAAGUCCAUGUCAAUUCUGUUAGAAGAAUCACAUGAUGUCGAUCCAAGAGACUCUUUUUACAUGACUCCACUACUGUGGGCCGCAAUUCAGGGCCACGAAGCAGUAGUAAAGCUACUUCUAGAAAAUGGUGCAAACGUCAAUUCAGCAGAUGCAUGGGGCAUGACUUCGCUGUCCCGGGCAGCCAAAGGGGGCCAUGAGGCUGUGGUUAAGCUCCUGCUGGAAUGGAAUGCUGAUACCGAGGAAAAGACACGUAAGGGUGACACACCUCUUAUUAUGGCCGCUGAAUAUGGCCAUGAGGCGGUGGUGCGAGUUCUACUAGACAGGAAUGCUGGUAUUGAAGCAAAGAACAAGUCCGGUUACACUGCGCUUCUAUUGGCAGUUCAAAAUGGGUAUGAUGCGGUUGCCAGUCUCCUGCUGGAGAAGGGCACCAAUACUGAAAUCAAGGGGUAUCUUGACAGAACUCCGUUACUAAUAGCCGUUGAAAAUCGCGAUGACACAAUGGUAAGGCUGUUGCUGAAGAAGAACCCCGAUAUAGAGGCAAGAGAUUCGGAAGGCCUGACCGCGCUCUCAUUAGCCGCUUGGAGCGGUGAUGAAGCGGUGGUGAGAUGUCUGCUGGAAAGGAAUGCCCAUAUAAAUUCGAGAUCUGUUAAGGGCUUUACUGCGUUCUAUUUAGCAUCAUAUGGUGGUCAUAAAGCCGUGGCAGACCUUCUUGAAGAGGCAGGAGCAUCGUAG